CUUAUCUUAGUUUCGUUGUCUUCCUCAUCAGAAUUAAUUAAUAAAAAAAAAAAAAAAUUCCUUUUUUCUAUGGAACCCAUCUCUGUGUAGACAUUGAGCCUCUCUAUCUCUCUUGCUUUUCCGACAAAACAUGGGAGAUUUCGAGAACAAAUCUCCCGUUAUGUCUGAAGCACAAAGAUCCGCACUUGUUAAGACUACAGUUAACAAAGAAGGAGAUCAUCAGUAUCAUCGCUGCAAGUCAUGUAAUGAAGGAAGCAGUUGCAGGACAGUGAGGUCAAGAACGAAGCUGAUGAACAUUCUAAUAGAACGCGGACGUCCACACGAGGCGCAGACCCUUUUCAAAUCCUUGUCAGAGACAGGACACAGACCGUCUUUGAUCACUUACACAACUCUCUUAGCCGCAAUGACGGUCCAAAAGCAGUACGGCUCCAUAACCUCUAUAGUCUCUGAGGUCGAACAGAGCGGGACUAAGCCUGACUCCAUCUUCUUCAACGCGGUGAUCAACGCUUACUCCGAGUCCGGUAACGUCGAAGAAGCCGUGCAAGCGCUGCUGAAGAUGAAGGGGCUUGGUCUGAACCCGACCACGAGCACGUACAACACUUUGAUCAAAGGGUAUGGGAUCGCGGGGCGGCCCGAGAGAUCCUCCGAGCUGCUGGAGCUUAUGCUGGAGGAGGACAGCGUCGAUGUGAGGCCUAAUGUAAGGACGUUCAACGUGCUGGUGCAAGCCUGGUGCAAGAAGAAGAAGGUGGAGGAGGCGUGGAGAGUGGUGGAGAAGAUGGAGGAGUGUGGGGUUGAGGCGGAUACGGUGACGUAUAACACGAUUGCGACUUGUUAUGUGCAGAAAGGAGAGACGGAGAGAGCUGAGAGAGAGGUGGUUGAGAAGAUGGGGAGGCCGAAUGGUAGGACGUGUGGGAUUGUGGUGGGAGGGUAUUGCAGAGAAGGGAGGGUGAGAGAUGGUUUGAGGUUUGUGAGGAGGAUGAAGAAGAUGGGAGUCGAGGCGAAUCUUGUUGUCUUUAAUUCGUUGAUCAAAGGCUUCGUUGAGGUCAUGGACCGUGAUGGCAUCGAUGAGGUUCUUACCUUGAUGAAGGAGUGUAAGGUGAAGGCAGAUGUAAUCACCUACAGCACUGUAAUGAACGCUUGGAGCUCAGCUGGAUACAUGGAGAAAGCCGCACAGGUCUUCGAAGAAAUGGUCAAAGCAGGAGUCAAACCAGACGCACACGCUUACAGCAUUCUAGCCAAAGGCUACAUCAGAGCCAAAGAGCCCCAAAAAGCCGAGGAGAUCCUCGAGACCAUGGUCGAGUCCCGCCCCAACGUCGUGAUCUUCACCACGGUGAUCAGCGGAUGGUGCGGCAUCGGAAGCAUGGAAGACGCGAUGAGGGUAUUUAACAAGAUGUGCGAGUUCGGCGUCUCGCCGAAUAUAAAGACCUUCGAGACGCUGAUGUGGGGUUACUUGGAAGCCAAGCAGCCGUGGAAAGCCGAAGAGGUUUUGCAGAUGAUGAAAGGGUUUGGCGUGAAGCCUGAGAACUCUACCUACGUGCUGUUGGCUGAAGCUUGGCGCGUCGCGGGGCUGGGGGAUGAGUCGAACAAAGCGAUCGAGGCGUUGAAGUGUAGAGAUAUUGAGAAGUUGGAGAAGCUUUACCAGAAACAGGCGUCGUCAGGGGGGUUUAGUCUUUUGCAGAUUCCUGUCGGGAAACGGGAGGUUCCGACAGCGAAAGCUGUGAAUCUUUCUGCUUGUAAACUCGGAGCUCGAGUGCCACCGAUUAUAUGCCAGAAGCAGUCACAAGCGCAGUUUGGGAUCAGUGGGCAGUUUGUGCAGUCUUGUACAGUGUUCUUGAACUGAAAAGGGACAAAACUGGCUUUGUCUGAAGCUGGAGAUUUGUAAUUUUACUACCUAAUCUUCUGUUUAAAAGAGUCGAUACUGUGAGAACUCUUACCAUAUGUACAUUACAAGAUAAUGAUCUUAUAAAAUCUAUUGUACAUUACAAAUC